CACUCAACACCUUGUCGCCAUCGUUCCAAGAAAACUAAAAACGAUGUUUUUGGGAUACCGAGUGAUGUCGCUCUUGUAAAAUAUGUGGAGCAAAACGCUAGUGUAGAAGCUAUCCGGCAAAGAUAUCACUCUGUCCAUGAGAUCCCAUUCAACUCCAUUCGACGCUGGCAACUAGUUGUUUGUAGAUGUUUAGCUGAUAUUCCACCAGUAGAAAAUUUGCCCGAACCGGAGCCGGUAAAUUCUCUCAACAUUCUCCCAAAACUUUACCUUUAUCUCACCUAUCUUCAGACAGAAACACGUUAUGUUGUGAUGGUAAAAGGUGCUCCCGAAGUCAUCCUAGGCAUGUGUAAAAGAGCCAGAGUUCAAAAAGAAAUUAUUGAGAUUGAUGAAAAAUACCGAGAAGAUUGCCAGGCAGCAUGGGAAGCUCUCGGAAACGCCGGACGAAGAGUCAUUGCUUUUGCGCAUGCUCAUUUCAACGCUUCGAUGAAAGCAAAGUUUGGUCCAAAGGAAGAUCGUUGGCCCGAAGAUUUGAUAUUCCUAGGAAUGGCAGCUAUUAUGGAUCCACCAAGAUAUAUCUUUUCUCUGAAAUUCGAAAAAGAAAGGCGAAAAGCUGUUUGAAC